AAUUCCGAGGAACAACCAUCUUCUCUUCCCCUUAAAUCCCAUCUCUGCUCUCUCGCGAGCAUUGUUAUUCACGAAAACAUGUCUCGUCUUCUCCACACAUCCUUCCUUCCUUCUCUUCACUCCAAAACCCGAUCCUCCUCCGUUCCUCGUUUCCGUGUCAACAAGCCACGAAUCGUCCCCGUCCGAGCGAAGAUCCGAGAGAUCUUCAUGCCUGCCCUCAGUUCCACCAUGACCGAAGGCAAAAUCGUGUCCUGGGUUAAAUCCGAAGGCGACAAGCUCAGCAAAGGAGAGAGCGUUGUGGUCGUCGAGUCCGACAAGGCCGAUAUGGACGUCGAGACUUUCUACGACGGUUAUCUCGCUGCAAUCAUGGUCGAACAAGGUGGUGUCGCUCCCGUUGGAUCCGCCAUUGCCUUGUUAGCUGAGACCGAGGAAGAAAUUGCCGAUGCUAGGGCUAAAGCUUCCGGAGGUGGAGGCAGUUCUCCAUCUCAGCCUAUAUCCGAAACACCUGCGGUUGUUGAGAUGACCGUUUCGGCUUCGGUUCCUCCGCUGAAAGCUGCGUCUGCUUCUGCAUCUGCAGUGCAUCCUGCGUCCCAAGGAGGGAAGAGAGUUGUGGCGUCGCCUUAUGCUAAGAAGCUAGCAAAGGAGUUAAAAGUUGAGUUGGCUGGUUUAGUUGGAAGUGGGCCAAUGGGAAGGAUUGUGGCUAAAGAUGUUGAAGCCGCUGUAGCUGCUUCUCCACCUGUUAAAACGGAGGCUGCGAUGGUGGCUCCUGGUGUUGAGCUCAGCUCGGUUGUUCCAUUCACGACGAUGCAAGGUGCCGUGAGCAGGAACAUGGUUGAGAGCUUGUCUGUUCCUACUUUUAGAGUUGGAUACACAAUCAACACGGAUGCUCUUGAUGCUCUCUACAAGAAGAUUAAGUCCAAAGGAGUGACGAUGACGGCACUACUAGCAAAGGCAACUGCACUUGCACUGGCAAAUCAUCCAGUUGUAAAUUCUUCCUGCAGAGAUGGUAGCAGUUUUGUGUAUAACAGUAGCAUCAACAUUGCUGUUGCUGUUGCUAUUGAUGGUGGUUUGAUCACUCCUGUGCUUCAGAACGCCGAUAAGGUUGACAUUUAUACAUUGUCUAGAAAAUGGAAAGAAUUGGUUGAUAAGGCCCGAGCCAAGCAGCUGCAGCCUCAGGAGUACAACACUGGUACUUUCACUCUCUCUAACCUCGGAAUGUUUGGUGUUGAUCGGUUUGAUGCAAUUCUUCCCCCUGGAACUGGGGCGAUUAUGGCUGUAGGAGCAUCACAACCUACAGUGGUUGCUACCAAAGACGGCCGCAUCGGCAUGAAAAACCAGAUGCAGGUGAAUGUGACGGCAGAUCAUCGUGUUAUCUAUGGUGCUGAUCUCGCACAGUUCUUGCAAGCAUUGGCCAGCAUUAUUGAGGACCCAAAGGACCUUACAUUCUAGGGCAAAUUACUGCUUUUUGCAACCCAAUCUUCUCUGCUUUUGAUUCCAUGGGAGCUUGUAUUUCUGCGGUAAUCUGUUUCAUUGAUAGAGUUGACUUUUUUAAGAGUAAUGUUGAACAUACUCAUUUGUUUGUUUGAGCUAUCUCGUGCAACAUUUGGCACAUUGAAAGGCCUUAACAACAUGAUUUUGUUGCAGAUUUUUUUUCAUACAAAUAUCCAUAUUUCACUCCAAUCAUCUGGUAUUCUUAGGUUUGAUAUUCAUCUGAUGAAUCUGAUAUGGAUCGAUUGUUUUUCAACUACAAAUUUGAAUGCAUGGAUCCUCUUGUUUCUGAGCAUCUCACAGAUGGAGAUGUAGAUAAUAGGCUGCCAUAGAAUACCUCUAGAAGCUUGCUUAUAUGUGCAGCAACAAGCAAAAAAUUGACCUACUUUUUACUUACAUUCUUGUGAGCAUCCGUAGGAGUCUUUAUGUUUGGCCUUGCUCCGGGAGAGAGGUUUAUGAAUGCACGUGCAAUACUGAGGGCACGCAGCAUCUACUUUGUUGCUACAGUUGAUGUUUUGCUGCUGUUCGUUUGGUUGCCGCAGCGUCUGCGGCUGCGGCUGCGGCUGCGUCAAUAAAUUGUGUUCGUUUGAUUAACGCAGGACUUGCGUCUAGACGCCGCGGGUAGACGCUGCGUCCGGCGUCACUGAAAUUUUGACGCGAAAAAAAUCAGCGUCUGAGUCAAGAAACUCGCGUCUAUUUAUCAUAUUUACAUUUUUGCCCUUAAGCUUUUUUAUUAUUUACAACAAAAACAUAACCUAAUAGACGCAGCUUCUCCUCCAUUGACGCAGCUCUCUCUUCUCCUCCAUAGACGACUCAUCUCGAGCUCUCUCCAUCUCCCACGCAUUUUGAGCUUGUCUCUCUCUCGUCUCGAAACUCUCUCUCGAAGCUCUCUCGUCUCAGACCUCUCCCAGGUAAGUUCUCCUCUGGACUCUCUCAGAUCUCAAAGCUCUCCCGUCUCAAACCCUCCCAGGCUCACUAAUCUAUCUCUUCGGUUUCUCUUCAGAUUCACGUUUGUGUAAAGACCUGUGUUUAUGUUUGCGAACCAAGCUGGUUUAGACAUGCUAGAGACAACACUUGUAACCUUACAAGAAAUUACACUCGAAAAGAUCUUUGAUGAAUCUGGUUGAAAGGCUCUGUGCUCAGAUUCGUCAAGCUAAUGUAGCAGGGAUAUGCAUGCUUACCUUCAGGAAUCUGUAUGUCUACGAUAGGAAGACAUGUGGCUUAUGAACAAGCUGUUGCUUGGAAACUGUUUGCUGCUGCGCAUCAUCUGAAAACGACAACGCCAAUGAUAAUACUUUGCAUUGUCUUGCUUUCUCCUUUGUAUGUUGUUUGUGUAAUUUGUAUUUUCUUGUGAGGUUAUUACUUAGGAAGGCUAAUCUACAUUAGACAAACUUUUUGUUUUUGGUUGUGUAAGACGUCUGUUUGUCUCUUUCAUCACUUUUCAUUGUUUUUAUUCUUGCUCAGGAUUUUAAAGAGUCUUGGUAUGAUAAAUCUAUGUUAUGAAAGAGACAAUUUGCCAUCUACUUUGGGUCAAAAGCUUUGUGAAUGAAAUC